AUGCAUAUUUCAGAGUGUUGCCGUAUUGCAGACCCUCCACCUGAUUCAGCAUCCCUCUGCCCUUAUUGCGAUGUGCCUCUUUCCAACAAUUCUCUUGCUGCGUUCAAAGGUCAUCUUCCCGAUUGUCAACGCACCAGUAUGUUCCCUUGUUUGCUGUGCAAUGAAUUAGUACAUCGGCGACUGCUUUCGGAGCAUGUACGCUUCUGUCGGCCGGAAAAUGGCCUAUCGCCUUUCCACCCGUCCCAUGCUUCUUCAUCGCAAAGUACAACUCGACAACGUACGGAAACGGUCACAGAAAGAUCGGUUGUGGCCUCUAUACUUAUUGGGGGUGCACUUGUUAUGGGCACGGGGCUUAUGUAUUUAUGGAAUAAGAAGCGUCGAUGA